UUCUGUUCCCCGCCUUCAUUCUUUCUCUUGCUCCGUCUUCUCAUGUCAGACAUUCAAUAUACCGAGCAAGCGCAAAUUCCGUUGAAUGAUGAUUUUAUCGCCUGGCUCAUCUCCCGCGCUCACGGUAGCGAAUGCUGUCAAUCCCGUCCAAAAGGCUCCGCAGCGCAGAACCCGUAAAACCCUCCGUAUUCGAGUAGCCUGUUUGCGUUGCCAGCGCCGAAAAAUACGGUGCGAUGGAGCCGUUCCUUCAUGCGGGUCUUGCUCAAAGACAGGUGUUGAAUGUAUCGACGGAGGGAAGUUUGACGGCAUUGAAUCACCACGCGCGUAUAUUUCGAGUCUGGAGCGUCAUAUCCAGUGGCUUAGGUCUGUCGUUCGGACAAAUUGCCCAGACAUUGAUUUGGAGCAAGAGCCAUCUGUUAUGAAUGAAUCCUGUCAGGACGAUCCAGCUACUGAACGAGAAAGCACCCAAGAUGGCCUGUCACUGGCUCAACUGAAUCCAACACCAGCGAACAACAGCGCUCUUGCACCUUCUGAUCCGUCUUCGUCAAGUCAGAACGUGCAAUCGACACAUGACGUCUCAACGAUUCAGCAUGAGCAGGAAACCGGGCUUGCACAUGAGAUUGGUCUUGUCUCUUCAUGUGCUGGGACCGAUCCUAAGUAUAUUGGCCCUUCAAGCGGCUACUUCUUUGCGAAGUUAGUCCUCGCAUGUGCGCAAGAAGGCCAACGAAACCCACCACCGAAAGAGCUUCAGCAAAACCCAGAUAGUCGUACAGCCCGUCUACUCCCAAAGGGAGGGUUAUCAAUCCCUCCUGCACCGUUGCCAUCAGACAUGGACUAUGCUGUCAAGAUAUCAGAAGCGUACUUCGAAACGAUCCACUUACAGUAUCCUUUCCUUCAUCAGCCAUCCCACAUGAAACUUAUUGAGCACGUCUAUGUUGAACCGGAGCCCAAUCCAAUGGCUGCAUUCCAAGUGUAUCUCGUCUUGGCCAUUGGAGCAACAGUCCUCUCCCGACGCCUGAAGAUUCCUCUCUCUGGCGAAGGCUUCUGUGCAAGUGCAAUGAAAUAUUUCGAUAAGUUGUGUAUCGAAAAUUCUCUCAAAGGUUUACAAAGUCUCCUAUUGCUGCUCGUAUACACACUAAAUAGUCCUUCUAUGGGUCUGAACGUGUGGUAUCUCAAUUAUCAGUGUAUAGCAGCGUUGCUAGAUCUGGGGCUCCAACGAGAUGUGAGAUCUGGUAAGAACAUGUCAGUGCUUGACCAAGAACUGAGAACCCGAGUCUUUUGGGUUAUCUAUUGCCUUGAUAGGUCUGUUGCAACAAUGAUGGGCCGCCCCAUUGGAUUGAGAGAUGAAGCCUGCGAAUUGCGACUGCCUACAGAUGUGGAAGACAGCAAACUGACCGCAACGGGCAUUCAACCUCGGCUGGAAACCGAACAGCCAACACAGAUGAGCAGCGCGAUCCAUCUCUUUAAGCUUGCACAGCUAAAUUCCGAAAUCAAGUAUGUUCUCCACAGUAUUUCUCAUGAGGUGCCACCAUAUGCCUACCCAAACAUUCCCGAUGUACUCCAGUGGCAAAAGGGAAUCAUAACAAGACUUCAAGCAUGGGUAACCCAAAUACCACAAUUUACCGGCGAGCGGAUAUAUAUGACCCAUCUCUGCGAGAUCAAGUAUCAUGGUAUUAUGAUGCUUCUUUUACGUCCCAGUCCAGCAAUUCCAAAACCAUCGGUCCUUUCACUCAAGUCUUGCUACGAGAGCGCCGUUGCAAGUAUACGACUAUAUAACCAGCUUUAUAAGAGAGAUCUCUUGGUUUAUAGUUGGGUUACCGUUCAUUCUGUUUUCUUGAGCACAAUCACCAUGCUUCAUUGCAUAUGGACUGUACCCGAAGUAUCUGCGCAGAUCAAGCUAGAAAUCUUAAUGGCAGAUUUAAAAGCAGGUUCGAAUGUGCUUAGUGCUACAGGCGAACACUGGUCAGAGGCAAAGCGCAGUAGGGACAUUUUGGACGAGCUCUCAGGCACUACGAUCCGCUGGAUCAUAGAAUCUAGAGCGCGCAAUUCAGAAAUCGGAACUCGCAGUGGCAUUUGUACAAAGGACGUUGGAUCCUCUAAUGGCAACAGUAGUGUCAGUAAAGCUCAACCUGCGACUCUAUCAAUGCAACAAAACGACAAUUCCACGUUAUGGAACGAUGGAGAGGGCCAGCAUAUCAGCUUCAAUCAGUCACAAUCACUUGACAUGAACUUCGACGGCCAAUCCUUCGAGCCCGGCUUUUAUAACUCCCUGUUCGGUUCCAGUACUCUCACCGAUCAAAUUGACUUUACUAGCCCCGCUGCUGUUAAUGCUAUCAUGCACGGCGUCUUCACAGACUUCCAACCCAUCUAUGACACUGGACAAGAUUUUGGAAUGGAUUAGAUUAUAGAUAAUUAACAUUAGUAAUAUAUACUUGGC